CUGUGAUAAAUUUCUUUCAAGGUGGUUAUAGAUGGAAAGGUGCAGGUGAGGGUUUUGUCCUGUUGUCUCCACAGGAAUUCUGAAACGUUUUGGACGACAACAGGCAUGUUCCCACAGGAAUUCAUUAUUGGUUUUCCCAAAUGUGUGAAAAUCAGCAAAGUUGCGAUCCAGUGUUAUUUGGUGCGGACCUUAAGGAUUGAAAGAAGUAUAUCUAAAGACCCUGUGGGUUUUGAACAGUGCAUUGAAAAAGAUUUGCAACACACAGAAGGACAGCUCCAAAUGGAAGAAUUUCCACUUCCUGAAUUUCAGGCCACUUACUUGCGUUUCAUCAUCAAAUCUGCCUUUGAUCAUUUUGUGUCAGUGCACCGGGUGAUGGCAGAGGGCACAGCAGAAAAUGCUUAAGUCCAGCUUAAAUUUGGACCUCAAUUUUUUUUUGUACUGAAGUGACAUUUUGAUAGCUGUAUUGCAGAGAAUGUUUGUUAUUGGAACCUUAUAUUAAAGUGUUUUUUGGAGGUA